AUGGCGGCGGCGGCGGCGGCGGCGGCGGCGACCCCUGGAACGCACGCGGCCGGGAGACGCCUAUCCGCCCGAGUCGCCGGCCGACGAGCGCUGCGGGGGAGUAGCGUCUGCCGGGAGCAGCAGAGGAACCUCGACGAUCUCAUCAGCCGCCUUCCCGACGACCUCCUCGGCGCCGUCAUCUCCCUCCUCCCCACCAAGGACGGCGCGCGCACGCAGAUCCUCUCACGCCGGUGGCGUCCUCUGUGGCGCUCGUCCGCGGCGCCGCUCAAUCUAUCGACCGACCACCGGCUCUGCGCGGACAUCCGCGAGCUCGUCGCCUUCGUCCGCAAGAUCCUCUCCGACCAUCCGGGCCCCACCCGCCGACUAUCGCUCCGCCACCUCUGCCCUCUAGUCCGCUUUGGCGUAAUCGAGGGCUGGCUCCGCUCCGAAUCGCUCGCCAACCUGCAGGAGCUCGAGUUCGCGUACGCCUGGAGCGCAUGCGCAUGCUACCCGCUGCCGCCGUCCGCUCUCCCCUUCGCGCCGACGCUCCGCGUGGCCAAAUUCGGAAGUUGUCGAUUCCCUGAAUUCACCGCAGAAACGCCGUCCCCAAAAUUUCCGCACCUCAAGCAGCUCACCAUGCGCCUCGUCAGGAUCUCGGAGGACUCUCUCCACAGCAUGCUCUCUAGCUGCACUGUCUUGGAAAGCCUUUCUCUCGACCGAAAUAGCGGCAUUGCUCGCCUCUGCAUCAACUCCCCGACGCUUAGGUGCUUCAGCUUCUCUGCUCCCUGGGACAAACAAGAUAUAAUCACUUGCCAAGAGCUGCUCAUCCAGGACGUCCCCUGCCUUGAGAGAUUACUACUGCAUGAUUCACGCAAUGGUCCGGCGACCAUCAGGAUAAUCAGGGCACCUAAAAUGGAGAUUUUGGGGUUAUUGUCUCAGGGCACACCUACAUUCCACCCUGGAACCACACUUCUUCAGAAAAUGAUUCAUGUCAGCCUGACAACCAAAAUGCAUAAAAUGAAGAUUUUGGUUCUUGACACUAUUGGUCCUAAUCUGGAUGCAGUUGUUGAUCUCCUCAAUUGCUUCCCUUACCUGGAGAAGUUGUAUGUUAUUUUGCACCCACAUGAGGAUAUGUAUUAUGUGCGGAAGUAUGUCCCACUGGAUCCAGUUGAAUGCCUAGAACUCCGUCUCAAAAAAGUGGUAUUGAGGAAUUACGAUGGUAACCAGAGGCCAGUUAUUAACUUUGCAAAGUUCUUUGUUUUGAAUGCAAAAGUGCUUAAGGAAAUGGAAAUUGGAGUUGUCAACUCCUGCAAUAACAAAUGGAUGUGUUUUCAACGCAAACGGCUGCGAGUGGAGCAUAGAGCUUCUCGAGAUGCACAAAUUGAACUAAAAAGGGAUACAAAAAAGAGCUUCAAAUGCCAUGGUUUUUCUAAGGCUGAUCCCUUUGACAUGUCCUCGUAUUGAAACUUGCUACAGUUGUGUUAGCAAUGGAGUGCUUUGUUACCCAAUCUGAAGCAUACCAGGAUUCAUGAGAUUGUGCAUAAGCCCAAGAUUCAAGUCCAAACUUGUGAUGUACAAGAUGCUAGAGUGUUACUAGGAUUUCUGUGUCCUGUUUACUUGCUGCUGGAUUCUCUCUUGUUUGGUGUCAUUGGAAGCUGGUAGCACCUACAAGCUCCAGCUAAUAUAUUUGUGUGAUUACCACUUGCUUUAAUGAAAUUCCAAACACGCUUUUAUUA